GCCUCCUAGCUAGCAAGUUGCAAAUUAAGGAGUGAUAUAGCCGAUUCUUGCUUACUUUCAAUCUGCUUUUGCUUCGGUUGCCGGAGUACCGAGGGAAGAAAAUAUGAAGACGCAGAUGGUUAUCAGGAUCCACGUCAACUCCGACAAGGCCUAUUCCAAAGCUAUCAAGGUGGCUGCUGGGGUCACCGGGGUGCAGUCUGUAACGAUCGCGGGAGAGGAUAAGAACCUGCUGCUGGUGAUCGGCGUCGGGAUCGACUCCAACCGCAUCACCGAGAAGCUGCGCCGCAAGGUCGGCCCCGCCGAGGUGGUGGAGCUACGCACCGUCGACCACCACGACGGAUCAAACCACCACGGCAGCCACCACCAGCCUUACCGCCACCACCCGAACCAGAGUCUGUACAAGCACGAGGCGGCGCGGGACCUCCACUACUACACCGGAGGUUACCAGAACGCGGCCGGGGCGUACGGGCAGGACUACUACGGUUACGGCGGCGGCGGUGGCUACCAGCAGGGGCAGUACAAGCAGCACGACUACUAUGCCUAUGCGCCGACGUCGGGGAACACGCACACGGUGGUGCACCACGGCCACAACGGCUACUCCGAUGACAGCUGCUCCAUCAUGUAG